AUGGCCAUCACCAGGGCUUCACUCCUUGCCAUCCUUGGCUGCCUCUGCAUCUUCAGUUCUGUCCUUGCAGCUCGCGAGCUGAAUGACGACUUGUCCAUGGUGGCGAGGCACCAGGAUUGGAUGACAAAGUAUGGUCGCGUCUACAAGGACGCUGCUGAGAAGGCGCAGAGGUUUGAGAUAUUCAAGACUAAUGCUCGAUUCAUCGACUCGUUCAACGCUGGGGGGCGCAAUUUCUCGCUCAACAUCAACCAGUUUGCGGACAUCAGCAACGAUGAGUUCAGGGCAACCAAGACUAACAAGGGGUUCAUUCCGAACAAGGUGAAGGUUGCUACAGGAUUCAGGUAUGAGAAUAUCAGUCUUGAUGCACUCCCGGCAACGGUGGACUGGAGGACAAAGGGUGCAGUCACUCCCGUCAAGGACCAAGGCCAGUGUGGUUGUUGUUGGGCUUUUUCUGCCGUUGCUGCAACGGAGGGCAUUGUCAAGAUAAGUACCGGUGAUCUUAUCUCGCUCUCGGAGCAAGAAUUGGUGGAUUGCGAUGUCCAUGGUGAGGACCAGGGCUGUGAGGGCGGUCUCAUGGACGACGCAUUCAAGUUCAUCAUCAAGAAUGGAGGCCUCACUAAGGAGUCCAGCUAUCCAUAUUCCGCAGCCGAUGGCAAGUGCAAGAGUGGAUCUAGCAGUGCUGCAACAAUUAAGAGUUACGAGGAUGUGCCUACCAAUGAUGAGAGUGCCCUCAUGAAGGCAGUGGCAAGCCAACCCGUGUCAGUUGCAGUGGACGGAGGAGAUAUGACAUUCCAAUUCUAUUCCGGUGGUGUAAUGACCGGUUCAUGUGGUACUGAUUUGGAUCAUGGGAUUGCAGCCAUCGGUUAUGGAACAACCAGUGAUGGUACGAAGUAUUGGUUGCUGAAGAAUUCUUGGGGCACAACAUGGGGCGAGAAUGGGUUUUUAAGGAUGGAAAAGGACAUUACCGACAAGAAGGGCAUGUGUGGCCUUGCCAUGGAACCCUCCUACCCCACGGCUUAG